AGCAAACAACCGAAUUUCAUCGAGUGACAUUUCAUGAACGGUGCAAUGCGUUUUGUGCGUUGACUGGUGAAUUUUUAUGAGAAGAGUGCAUUUUGAUGAGAACAAUGCUCUUUGCGCGUCCAGUGGCAAAAAACAUCAAGUACGGUAACCAACAAUGCAAUGGAGGGGCGAAAUGAAAACCAUCGAGCCGAGCUAUCCUAUCGUUUGUGUUGCCCACGGCCAAAAUUGGAAGUACCGUUUGAAUUAUCACCUGAUGGCAUCGAAAUUUCUCUUUCAUACCUUCCGUGGAGAAUACGGCAAGACGACGAGGCCAAAUCUCGAGAAAACGCAACGUCGCUUAGUGCAACACAACAACAACUCCCCUCUUUCCUGGAUCUGCGAAGGCAACAAAAUAUUGAAUUUGCUGAAGAAAAAUGUCGGGAAGCAAACAAUUUACUGCAAUCRUCAAAAGGCGAGAGUAUCAACAACAAGGCAAAGACUUUGCUUGCCCAAGCUCUGGAUCUCGUCCCUGAUCAUCUGGGCUCUCUGAUCAGCAGCGGGAAACUUUUCAUCAAAAUCGGAAAGUUCUCCAAGGCCGAGGGCUUUCUGAGAACUGCACUGCGUGUGGAUGAGGAUAAUGUGGAAGCACKCCAACACCUUGUAAUAUUACAAGAGAAACGUCGGCGAUCACUACUGGRAAAAGUAGACAAGUCCAAUAUAUCGCAUUCAAGACAUCUCCUGCUACUCAACAACAAUCGCAAAGACAAGAAUAAUCUGACCGCGAGAGAAUCGUCAGCAUACCAGAAUGCAUUAAUGGAACGAAAUCUGUUCGCCGACCGACCCCUGCAACAGAUGGGUCAAGAUCCCGCCGAUGACGAGGAAGAGGUCGCAGGAGACUCGUCGAUGUUGCAUGACAGCAUUCAGAACGACCAAAACGACGACGACCAURACCGCAGCAAGAAAAAUCUGAAACGAAAAGAUCGCUACCGCCGCUAUGACCGCAAAGAAAGAAAAAAGCACAGAAAACGACGCAAACGAGAAAAGAAAUACAAAAAAAAGAAGAGAUCGYGCCGUCGAUACGCCAGGGAUGACUUGUCGUCGUGCUCGUCGUCAUCAUCGUUGGAUUCGUUGUCAUCUUACUCGGCAUCGUCGCACUCGUCGUCGUCAUCGUCGUCGGAAUCSCGCGCUUCUAUUUCGUCCAAGAAAGAUACGAAUUCRCAAWUUCCAAACGGAGCGGAUAUCCGCGAAAGAGYGGUAGGGGAAAAAGAUAACUCAUCAAAAUCGACAGCCACGGAUUUUGACGGCCCGAAAUACAACAUUCAGGACGGUGAUGAAGAUGGGGAUUCGUCUCGACGACACAAGAAACGAAGGCGGCGGAGACAUGAUAGGGACGAAAAGCGACGGCACAAACGAAAGAGAGAACAUAAGCGACACAAGAARAGGAAGGAAAGUAGGAGAAUGGCAACCUGAACAUCGAUUUUUCGGAGUUCGAAUCGCAACGAGACAGGAUUCGAAUGAACAAGACAGAACGUUUGGUGGUCUCCAAUGAACGCUUGUCGAGGGGGAGCAAUCAGAGAUAUAGACCUUAUCGCUUUCUAACUAUAUC